CAUGUAAUCCCCAGUUUGCCAAUCUUGACUCAGGUGCUAAAUGUAUAUCAGUCGGAGUUGUAGGUCAAGACUCGUACCAUCAUGGAAAAGGCAUUGUCAUAUUCUGGUCUUAUAGCUGGACCAAGGAACAUGACCAUAUCGAGUGGUUUCUACAGCCUCCUCAGAGCCAUCAAAAGGGCCAACUCAAAAGGGGAAGAGGAACGUAUUGUGCAAAAGGAGCUGGAACUCAUUAGACAAAACCUAUCCCAACCUGACAUCUCUAUGAAAAAGAUGAAAGAAUUCAUGGUUCGACUCAUCUAUUGUGAGAUGCUGGGUCAGCCCGCUACCUUUUCUUACAUCCAUGCCAUUAAGAUGGCCCAGCAAGGUGUGCUUCUCAACAAGAGAGUUGGAUAUUUGGGAGUCAGUCUGUUCCUGAACAGUCAGCAUGAGCUGAUCCUGCUGUUGAUCAACACCAUUCAGAAGGAUCUGAAUAGCACCAAUGUUCUUGAUGUGUGUGGGGGAUUGACAGCAUGUUGUAAUCUCAUUGGACCCGAGAUGCUUCCGGUUGUACUACCGCUGAUAGAACAGAAUGUACAACAUCAACAUGAAAUCGUCAGAAGGAAAGCAGUGCUGGUUCUUCACAGCUUUGUAGUGAAGUGUCCUCAUCUCAUAGGUCACAUGAAAGAAUAUUUUCAACAGGCUUUGUGUGAUAGGUCACCAGGAGUCAUGACUGCUGCGUUACACAUCUAUCAAACCCUCGUUAAGGAACACCCUGAGCAUCACAAGUCAUUGGUGCGUCCUCUAACCAGUAUUCUGAAACAGGUCGUGCAGAGGAAACUGUCGCAGGAGUAUGAAUUUCGAGGAGUCCCCGCCCCUUGGUUGCAGAUUCAAAUCCUGAAGAUGCUUGCAAGAUUGGGGUUCAAUGAUCCCAAAACAAGUCUAAUGAUGUAUGAUGUUUUAGAGGAGGUUUUGGAGUCUUCCAACACGUUAUCCAUGAUAUCCUUAGGUGUCCAGUAUGAAUGCAUCAUGACCAUUGCAAAAAUCCAUCCCAAACUGGACCUGUUGAAGAAGGCUUCUGUCUGUAUAACAAGGUUCUUGAAAUCACAAAGCAACAAUCUCAGAUACCUAGGUGUGAAUGCAUUAGGCGUCAUUCAUAAAGUUCAUCCUGAAUUCAGUAUAGAACACCAGAUGACUGUUGUAGAAUGCUUAGAAGAUGAGGAUCCAACAAUAAAACAAGCUACACUGAAUUUACUCUAUGAGAUGUGCAAUACGGAAAAUAUAAGUGUGAUUUUUGACAAGGUCUUAGAUCAUCUGAAUUCUGGCGUGGAUGAGCUUGACCACAGUGAACAUAUACACAGGAUGAUUUCUUUAGCUCAUCAAUUCCACCCCAGUAUAAGAUGGUAUGUGGUCAUCAUAGUCAAAAUUCUUCAUCUACAUAGAACAAACGUUCCUCCAAAUACAAUCAAUAAUCUUAUUACUUCCAUUCAAAGGCACGAACCCAAAGAUUCAGGAAUGGUUUCAUAUCUUGUUGAAGAGAUGCUCACGUUAUCCAAGCAAGCACAUCUUAGAGAAGAGUUGGUCAAGCUCAUAGCAUGGGUUUUAGGAGAGUAUAGUCACUCAGAGAAGUCCACUGUCCCUGGUUCUGAAGCUAUGGCUGGAUUGUCUGCACUACUCUCCAAACCAAUGUCCCCUGCUACCAAAAGUUGUGUAGUGACAGCCAUUACCAAAGUAGUCUUGAAGAGUGGACUAGCAGCAGAAGAUGUUACCAAGGUUGCUCAAACUGCCCAAAAGAAUGUUCAUCUCAAACAGGUUUCUUGUGAAUUGGAAGUGCUCUCUUCACAUCCAGAACUGAUAACAGCAUUGCCAAGUGUAAAUAAGAAUCAGUUUGACUGGACUUUAUCGUUCCUGGAUGACUACGUUUCUGAUGCCUUGGGAAAUGGAGCCGCUCCUUACAAGCCCAAGCAGCAAAGAUCCGCAGAAAAACACAAUAGUCCUGAAGUGAUGAGGCCUUUCCUUUCCGGUCUGAACUUCAGGCCGUAUGAGUCCCAUUCUGCAUCAGUGAUGACCCCUACAGAAUCUUCUAGCUCUGUACCCGUCAACAACCAAGAAUCUUCCUCGUGGUCACCGUCUCAGUCCCUUAGCUCAGGGGCCACAGGAAACAGUGUUGAUACAGAGUUAGCAACGAGACCAUCUUUGAAAACUGAAGGUAUCCAGAAAGUUUGGAGCCAGACUGGCUACAGUAGAGCCAAUAAGGAUAUCAACAAGAAGAAGCAAUCACCAAAGAGAAGCAGUAAUGUACAACCAAGAGGGGAAGAAAGCAGGACAGAACCUCCAGUACAGAUGAGUCCAGUAACAGCGGUUGGAAUGACAACUGCUCAUCCAGCUGAAAGUGAAGAGGAGAAAAGGAAACAAGAAUUGGCAAAGGCACUAUUUGGUUCUGCAAGGAAACAACCAGAGCAAAAUGAGCUACCCCAGCUCCAAAUGAAAUCCUCUUCCACAGCCAAGCAAUCAUCAUUGAAAGAGAGAGGCAGUCCUGAGGCCUUUGCAGAUUACUGCACAGAAGAGGGUCUCAGGAUACGUGGAAACAUGGGCCGGAAUAUCCUAUUGGAUAUCGGAAACCAGGGUGUGGAAGAUGAACGGAGCACUCCACAAGGUCAUUCAUCAAUCCUGUAUGGCUCCAACCGACAUAGCGACUCUAAGACUAUCAAACAUGACAUGAUGCCUAGAGAUGUUGUUGAUUUGGAAUCAAAGUCAAACCAUGGUGUUUCUUUGCUCGAUGAAGACCAAACGUUACCGUCCUUGCCGGACAAUCUGGAGACCUGUCCCAGUAGUCAGGUAGCAGAAGAACUGGUGUUUGAUACCAAUUUAAGACUGACGAUGAGGAGAGUUUGGCAGAAUGAAGCUCUCGCUCUGGUUUUCUUCGUCUCUGCACUCACACCGGUAGAGGAAGUGAGGAUUACGUUAGAUGUUCCAUCAAAUAUGAAGUGUACGAUAGACAGUGAAGAAACCAAUGUGAUAGUUGUUCCACCGUCCGGAGUUUCACAAGCCAAGUUGACGUGCAGUGUACCAGCUGCUAACAUGAGUCUGGGAGGAGAGCUCACUUUCAAGGACCCCACCAAAACUCUCAAAAGAUUGUUCUUCCAUGCACCGAUUCAUAUCAAAGAUUUAUUGAGAACCAGAGAAAUGACAACAGGGGAGUUUGGGAAACUUUGGACCGAACUGAGCUUAGAUCAAAGACUCAUCCAGGAUGCCAAGGGUUGGACAAUUACAAGUGUCAUGAACAAGAUGACUAGUUUGCAGCUGUUUCCUGUUGAGAUUAUAGGUGAGGAGGGCAUCCUGGCUACAUCUCUUCUCCAGUCUUCUAUCUGUUUGAUACACAUCAAGCUUAACAGUAACAAACUAGACAUCUGGGUCAAAACCAAAAGUAAACUCCUUUCUCAGAUCCUUGCCAAGAAGUGUGCCAGUGUCAUAGAGGAGGAUCUAAAAAAGUAGUAAAAGAGCUCCAUAAGCUGGAUUCACAACUGGGAACAGAGCUUAAGCAGCUGCCCGUUUUAAUACUAAGGAUGUGUAAAAGGUUACUACAGAUGAGAUGUUGCAUUUGAUGUCAGAUAUUUGAUUCCACCGGAACCUUCAGAAGUUGUAUUUUGAUACACAUCAAGGUCAACAGUUAAACAGAAUUGACAUCUGGGUCAAGACCAGAAGUAAACUCCUUUCUCAAAUCCUUGCCAAGAAGUGUGCCAGUGUCAUAGAGGAUCAAAAGAAGUAGUUAAAGCUAUAAAAUGAAAGUAGUUGCAGUAAAACACUAAUUUCGUGAGAAAGUCUGUAAAACCAAGGUUAAGUAUGACUAUAUCAUCGUGGAUCUAGAUCUGGUACAGUUACAUAAACUGAACUUUGUGAAAUCAUAAAAUCUAAGCUGAUAUACGAUCACACUGAAGAUAGCCAACACAGAUAGGCACACGUGGGACAGUGUAUUAUUAUUGCUGGAAUAAAGACCCGACGGAAGUGACCGAAUCCGCGCUUAUUUUGCUUAUUUCUCAGCAAUUACACAAUUUCUUCCAGAAUCCUUUGGCACAUAUUUUUUAUUCAUACAAACAGACAUUUGGGUGGUCAUUAUAUUAGAUUCUGUAAAGUCAUUUUGAGAUCGUUACCAAAACUGGAAUUUACCUUUAAAGAGCUUCCUAGGCUGGAUUCACAACUGGCAACAGAAUUUAAGCAGCUGCCCGUUUUAAUACUAAGGAUGUGUAAAAAGUUCUGGAGAUGAAAUGUUGCCUGUGAUGGCAGAUAUUUGAUUCUACCAGAGCCUUCAGAAGUUGUAUUUUGAUACACAUCAAGGUGAACAAUUGAACAGAGUAGACAUCUGGGUCAAAAGCAGUUAGUAAACUUCUUUCUCAAAUCCUUGCCAAGAAGUGUGCCAGCGAUAUAGAAGAGGAGCAAAAAAAUUUGUUGUACUACGGAGCUUUAAAAGCUGGGUUGCAGCUAUUUCAAGAGAUGCCUUUUACUGAGGAUGUGUAAAAGAUUCUAAAAUUCAAAUGGAUAAUGAAGUAAUGAAGAAACACACAAGCCAAAUUCUGUCCGAAAGCUUUGGAUACAAUGUUUGGUAACAUCUUCUUGUGGUUUGUAAACAGAAACUUUCAUUAUCCUCAAAACUGCAAUUUAAUUGACACUCUUCCCAUUACUUUGUGCAAACGGUAAAAAACAAAACCCAUUAUGAUGCUAUAUUCCAGACAAGUUCUCACACACUUUGGACUACUGACUUAUUUAGUAGAUGCUUUAGUCAGGUCAACAGGGUCAUAGAAGGUUUAGAAUUGUUUUCUCUUUGUUUUGGGUUGACCAGGUCAAGUGUAACCAUACGUUUCUCUCCUUUCAGUCUUUGUUUUUCCUUCAAGACUUCCUCUUAUAGGAUACCUUAUACUUCCUGUCUACUUGCAUUGUUUACAUGUCUCUGUUUUGAUAGGAAAUACAAUGAAAAUGAAACUUUGUAGAAGAGUAAUCCUUGGCUCAUAAAUCUUUGUAGCAGAAAUCUUAUUAAUCCGUAUCUUGAUUGAGAAAUGUUGAUAUGUUAAUUGGCAAAACAAGCCAGCAACCAUAAUAGCCCUACCCCAAGUCCUCAGUUACUUACAUCUAGCCAUGGGCUCGUAACACAAAGCUUAGCAAUGAUCGUAGAACAUUUUUCUACAAAUGAUUCCAUUGACUACAAUGUACAAUCAAUCAUUAAAAUCAAACAUACGAUUAAUCGCUAACCUUUGUGUUACGGGAACCAGGUUCAUUACCCAGAAUGCAAUAUUCUCAGCAGUGUAGUCUUGUAAUAUAGGCCCACUUAAACGAUAAUACACUAAUUCACAACUCAGUACAUUAUCAUAUCGCAAUUAUUAUGUUACCAAGUCGCAAGACAUGCCUUUCUUCGCAAAAAUCUGUUUGUUUCUCUACACAAAUAUAAUGAUAGCUAGCCUAAUUUGAUCCUCCAUAUUACUAAUAGUCAUCUUAAAAGGUAUAGUUUAAGACUAGUCAUUUAUAACACACUGUCCAACGAGAGACAACAUGCAGUGUUGCUCAGUGCACUCACAUUUAUCAUUGACAAAACGAUAAACCACAGGAGUGUUUUACGAGAGAUUUAAAUGUGACUACAAGCCACACUUAAAUAAAUACCCACUUGCAAUUGCAUGCAUUAUAACAUACAUCACCACAUUUUUUCAAGUCAUGCAGAGGAUGUGUGCUACUGUAUAGUAAUCAGUGAGACUGUGCAUUGAAUAUUAUGUGGGGCUAUGGUAUUUCAUACCCAUGAACGGCUUGGUGUACUUAAAGGGGAAGUCCACCCUGAGGAAAAGUUUGUUGUAAAAAUAUCCAAAAAAAUAAUUUAAAAAUAUUGGCGACAUUUUGAGGAAAACCUUUUCAAGAUUAAGAAAGUUAUUAGAAUUUUAAGUUUUGGAUUUGUGAUGUCAUAAAUGAGCAGCUGCCCCAAAUGUUAUGUAAUACAAAAUGCAUGAAUUUCAUUUUUCAGUGGUUCCUGAUGACUUAUUUCUGUUUUCUAUUCAUGGUCGGGUGUGAAAUGAUUUGUCUAUUGAUAUACAAAAGGUACAGUAAAAACCAUUUUUAAUUUUCUGAGAAAAUGACAUUUUCAUUGAUUUCUUACCAUUCGCUAUGUAGGAAUGCUGCUCGCAUGUGACGUCACAAAUCAAAUAAUUAAAAUUCUUAUAACUUUUUCAUUCUUUGAUGGAUUUUUCUCAAACCUUCGGCAAUAUGUUUUAUUAUUUUUUCUGCUAUUUUGACAAUAACCUUUUUGUCAGGGUGAACUUCCCUUUUAAGGAGAUACCAACCAUGGUAACUACCAUGAAAACCUUGAAUUGACUGGCAGCAGAACACUAUUGCCAUGGUGUUUUACCAUAAUGGCAAAAUUACCAGCAGAAGUCCUUUAUGGACUGGGUCCCUUCACUGCCUUUGAUUUACUGAAAUUAUUACUGAAGUCAUUUAUGCCACUGCUACCUUUAGAAGUCUUUCUAAAGAUAUGCAUAAUUGGUAGGAAAAUGGUACAAACUCACUGAUAUCAUAAAAUGGAAAUCUCUUUAGAUUUACGAUGAUCAUGUUUUGCAUAUCCUUUGAAAGAUCAAAAUUGAGAGUAGACUUGUUCUGGGGGCCAUUUCACAAAGCUGUUCGUAAGUUAAAAGCGACUCUAAGAAUGACUGGUGACUCUUUCUUGUGGCAGAUAUGGAUCAUUAAUGUUUAUUGGUGAUUAUUUAGAGCAUAAGGAAGGUUCACCAGUCGUUGUUAAAGUCGCUCUUAACUUCCGAACAGCUUUAUGAAACACCCACCUGGACUGUUUUUAUUAGACUCAGGGAAGAGCAAGCAGUGGUUAACAAAUCAUUGCAUGCCCUUCCCAUCUUAUGUCUGCUCAGUGCAUUAGAAUUUGAAAUGUGUAUUGUAUGAAAUAGUCUUUCAUAUACUGUUAUUUCCAAAAUGAUUGUGCAAUUGUCAUCAUAUUAUAAUGGCUGAGUAUGUAAUAUGAUGGCCGAGUAUGUUUUGUUUAUAUUGCCUUUUUGUACUUGUGAAAGUGAUGAGACUUUUUUUUAUUUAUGUACCUUUUUCACUUUAUAGUGAAUUACUGCUGCAAUUGCUUUGUCACAAAAUGAAAUUAUAAUUUAAUUGUUACAAAAUGGUCUUUUAAAAAUUGAAAAUUAUUGUGAAGAAUGGGACAUGUGAUUAUGUAGAAAUUUAGAGGUGCUGUGUCCAUAGGCAUUCCCAGUGAAACUUAUUGCCUUGAUAUUUGCUGAAUAUGUUGAUAUUUGAAUGACUUUGUCAUAUGCAACCCGCCCCCUCCCCCCCAUUUUUUUUACUAUGUUAACAUGCCCAUUUAACCACCAUCUUGCCCUUUUUUUUGUAAUUAUUAUUGAUACUCAGUCAAAGAAAUACAAUUACAAUUGAAAAUUGAAAUAAUACAUUUACCGUAGGAAGUUGGAAUGCUGGGGAAAGAAAAAAAAAAUUAACUAUAGCAAUUGCUUUCUGUCUCAAUGCCAAGGGAAUGAAACAUUACACAUCAACAUAGUUGAAUAUCGUAUGACACCGCAAUACAUAGGCCCUGGAACGUAUGAAGGAAGUACUUAAAAUUAUUUGAAGUUCUCUUUUUUUCGAGAGACAGUAGAAUGAAAGUUAAGGUAAAUUGCCACUAGGUGUACACCCGCUUUGCCUGCUUUCCAUUUAGUCUUGUCCCACAUUGUCUAAUUUGUCUUCAACCAGUUGGUCUUCUUGCCAUUUAGCCCGUUAACCACUUUGUCUAAUACCCAGUUGGUUUAUUACCACCUAGUCUAUAUGACUAGAUGAACUGUUCGUGAAUCAAAUUUUUACUUUUCAAAGGGCAUCAAUAUUAGUAUGCAAAUUAAAAAUUAGACCAUAUGUGUAUUAGACGUAGUAGCAAUGAGACCAAAUGGGUAUUUAGACCAAACAGCAAUUAGACCAAAUGUUUUUAGCCCAUGUAUUAUUAGACUUUCUGAAAAGCAGAUCAUGUGAGUAUAAAUCCCAUAUAAAGCCUUCUGUUAUUUGCUGCUCAUUCGUUCAUGAUUCAAUAAAUAUGAUCUCCUCAUU